AUGCUUCAGAUUAAAAAAAAUACUUUAGAUUUUUUGAAACAUGCUUCAAGUUUUUUUGAAAUAUGUUUCAGAUUUUUUGUAGCAUGCUUCACCUAUAAUUUUCUCGUUCCUCCCGAAUUUAUUUUCCAAAUUUUAUUAAUUUCUUUAAAGCUUUCUCAUUGGUUAUUACAACUUUCACCUCUAUUACAAUCAUUAUUUUGUCUUUUUGGUGUUUCAUUUUAUCGUUUACAACUUUGCUCAAUUUUACAAAAAUUUUUCUUUUGUUUUUGUUGUUGUUGUCAACAUUCUAAACUUGAUUAUUCUUCUGAAACUUUGCGUUCAAUUCUUGCUGAACAAACAAAAAAGCGUCAAAUGAAUAGAGGAAAGAAUUGA